AUGAUAGAUAUAGAACAGAAAAUAGAGUUGCAUAAAUAUAACUUAGAAGUCAAAAUGAACGAAGACAGGAGAAAAACAGAAGAAAAAUUGGACGAUAUGCAACAAAAUAUCCAAAUAAAUAUUAAUCAAAUAAGAAAUGUGAAACAGAGAAUAGAUGAUAUUUCACAAUUGAGAGACAUAGAGAGACCUUACUUAAAUUUAACAAAUGACACUGGGAUUAAAUUCUAUUGGAAUAUCAAAAAUUUGCACCCUAGAGUAUACAUAAAUAGUUUAAAACAUAAAUUAAGAUUAGUGAAUAAUAUUAAUGAUAUUAAUGAUUAUAUUAGAAUGACAUUAAGUGAUAAUGCGGCAACUUGGUUUGCCUGUGUUGAGAAUGAUUCGGACAAUUUUCAAACAUUUGAAAAUAAAUUUUUAAAUUAUUAUUGGGGUGAAUUAGAACAAGCUAGAUUUAGGGAAGUUCUCUAUUUUGGAAAGUAUAAUCCUGAUUUAAGAUCUAAUAUGGUAGAUUAUGCAUUAAAGCUGAUAACAUAUACGAAGGAACAGAAGCUGCGAAGAUAG